CACUCUCACUUUCCCUCGCGGGAUCUGUUCUGGUCCUAAAUAUUUAUUAUUUUCCUGGUAUUAAAAAAAAUUAAAAAAAUAGUACGGGCUUAAUCGACUCGACCCUCGAAUACGAACCCUUGAUAGUCGGGUUCUUUGCUUCCAAGCGGGGCGGGGCGAGGGGAGAAGAAACCCUGGAAGCUCUCGCUUGCGUUCUUCUCCUCGUUUCAGAUACGAAGGGUUUUUCAUCUGCAGGGAGAUAAACUAUUUGAGAGGGAUUUGCUUGUGAUAAAAUGGCACUUGGGAAAGGCUCGCGGGCUGAUUCUAGGAGGACAUCGUCAUCCUUCCGUUCAACAACAACCAUUGUUGUAUUUGUUGCUCUUUGUUUAGUUGGCAUAUGGAUGAUGACAUCUUCAACUGUAACUCCUCUGGGGAUGUCUCCACCGAGUUCCAAAUCUAACGCUAAGGGGCAAGUUUCAGAAACUGAUUCUAAGGAUAACUCAGGCGACAUAGCUGAAGAUUUGGAGAAGUCAGUGCAGAAGACCCCAGAGGAGAAUCCUGUGAAGGGCAAUGAGGAUACCAAAGAUGAGUCAGAGGACACAACUAAAUCUGUGACUUAUAGGGAUGGAAACGGUAAGGCAGACAAAGAAAAAGUUCGGGAGGGUGGAGAUGCAAAUUUGGAGGCAAACACAGGCACUCUUGCAGAUGGGGAAGGCAAGAACAUGGAACAAAAGUCAGAUGAGCAAGAUAAUAACUCAGAACCGAAUUCCAAGGAAGCUGAAAAUAAUGAACAACAAGGAAUCAAUAGUGAAAAGAAAUCUGAAGAAGAGGAGAAUUCUGAUGGUAAUAAAACACAGGAUGAGAAGGAUAAAGGUCAGAUAGAGCAGAAGGUGGAGCAAAAUGAAGGCAAGGAGACAGGACAAAAAUCUGAUGACAAUAAUGCUGGGAAUCAGGAUCAGGGCUCAAAUGAGGUCUUUCCAUCUGGGGCCCAGUCAGAGCUUUUAAAUGAGACCAAUACCCAGAAUGGGGCAUGGUCCACACAAGCUGUAGAAUCAAAGAAUGAGAAGGAGGUCCAAGCGUCUGCCUCAUCAAGGGGCCAAACUGUGGGUUACAAUUGGAGGCUUUGUAAUGUCACUGCUGGAGCAGAUUAUAUUCCUUGUCUUGACAAUGAGGAAGCUAUCAGGAAACUUCGUAGUACCAAACACUAUGAACAUCGAGAGAGGCAUUGCCCUGAAGAGGCGCCAACCUGCCUUGUUCCUCUUCCAAAUGGAUACAAGCGACCAGUUGACUGGCCCAAGAGCAGGGAAAAGAUAUGGUACUCUAAUGCCCCACAUACCAAGCUUGCAGUGUUUAAGGGACAUCAAAAUUGGGUGAAAGUUUCAGGAGAAUACCUCACUUUUCCAGGGGGUGGAACACAGUUUAAGCAUGGUGCACUCCACUACAUUGAUGUCAUUCAACAGUCAAUGCCUGAUAUUGCAUGGGGAAAAAGAAGUCGUGUUGUUUUGGAUGUUGGCUGUGGUGUGGCUAGUUUUGGAGGCUAUCUCUUUGAUAGAGAUGUGCUUACCAUGUCAUUUGCACCCAAAGAUGAGCAUGAAGCUCAAGUGCAAUUUGCUCUUGAGCGGGGAAUCCCAGCUGUAUUAGCAGUCAUGGGCACCAAGAGACUUCCCUACCCCAGCAGGGUCUUUGAUGUUGUCCACUGUGCCCGCUGCCGAGUACCGUGGCACAUUGAAGGUGGUAAGCUUUUGCUGGAGUUAAAUCGGCUGCUGCGUCCUGGUGGGUACUUCGUGUGGUCUGCUACUCCAGUUUAUCAAAAGCUUCCAGAAGAUGCUGAGAUCUGGAAAGCCAUGUCUGCACUGACGAAGUCCAUGUGCUGGAAAAUGGUAACUAAAACAAAGGAUACCUUUAACCGCGUGGGAUUAGCAAUCUUCAGAAAACCUUCUGACAAUAAAUGCUACAAGAAAAGAAUGGAAAACAACCCUCCACUCUGUCAAGAAUCUGAUGAUCCAGAUGCAGCCUGGAACGUCCCCUUGCAAGCUUGCAUGCAUAAAUUGCCCGUAGAUCCUAAUGUGCGUGGGUCACAGUGGCCAGAGCAGUGGCCAUUAAGGCUGGAGAAGGCACCUUAUUGGCUAAAUAGUUCUCAGGUUGGGGUUUAUGGUAAACCUGCCCCCAAGGACUUUGAAGCAGACUAUGAGCACUGGAAACGUGUUGUAAGCAAGUCAUAUGUGAAUGGAAUUGGAAUCAACUGGUCUCAUGUCAGAAAUGUCAUGGAUAUGAGAUCUGUAUACGGAGGUUUUGCUGCAGCUUUGCGAGACAUGAAAGUGUGGGUCAUGAAUAUCGUCUCAAUCGACUCAGCUGACACACUUCCCAUUAUUUAUGAGCGGGGACUGUUCGGAAUGUAUCAUGAUUGGUGUGAAUCAUUCAGCACCUACCCAAGAACAUAUGAUCUUCUCCACGCAGACCAUCUAUUCUCAAAGCUCAAAAAGAGGUGCGAAUUACCGCCAGUGAUUGCCGAGGUGGAUCGGAUACUGAGACCAGAAGGGAAGCUGAUUGUAAGAGACAAUGCGGAGACAAUCAAUGAAAUAGAGAACAUGGCAAAAUCUCUGCACUGGGAGAUCCGGAUGACCUACUCAAAGGACCAUGAGGGAUUGCUGUGUGUUCAAAAGACAAUAUGGCGGCCAAAAGAGCAAGAGGCAAGGGCGUCAUCGAUGUCUUAGUUAGGUAAUUUUUGCUGUUCUCAUAUAUUGAUGUAAAAUUUUUGUUGUAUGCUUCAUCUUGCAUUCAAGAAGGGAAAAAAAUGUCUGCACAAAUUACAAGUCAAUUGUAGAAUCAUAUAUUCUCGAAUUAAUGAAAAUUUCCUCCAUUCGUAGAGACUGGAA